GAGCUGGAGAUUGCUGGCAUUAACACCGUUCCACCGUAUGCACGCCUCUGAGGUCCUGGCAUCUCCAUGCCACGAUCGAAACCGGCGUUAGGAAUGUAUGCCGAGCGGGCUCACGGCAUGUGAGUUACAUAUAGUCUCACGGUACAGCCUCGCUGGGAUCCUACACAGCUGUCGUCGUUGCCCACUGCACACCACCAAACACUCGCUUUCGUACUGCUCGAGCUUUCCUUCACCUGCUCCCUGCCAUGUCUCCACUAUCCGACCUUAUCCGCAUGAAGUACAAUCCUCCCAAAGAUACCAAGCCUUCAUUUAAAGGCCGUAAUGUGCUCAUUACCGGUGCAAGCUCCGGUCUUGGCUUCGAAGCUGCGCUAAAGUUCGUCCAACUUGGAGCAGACCGUGUUGUCUUCGGCGUUCGAUCCGUGGCCAAAGGCAAGCAAGCCAAGGAAGCGAUCGAAGCCCGGACGGGACGCCGCGGCUGCGUCGACAUCUGGACGCUCGACAUGGCUGACUACGGUAGUAUCAAGGCUUUCACAAACAGAGUGGAGACCGAGCUCAACCAUCUUGAUGUCGCAGUGUUGAACGCUGGUGUUCUUCUGACCAAGUACGAGCAGUCAAAACAUGGCUGGGAGCAAACACUGCAAGUCAAUCUUCUCUCGACCGUUCUCUUGAGCUUGCUUCUCCUGCCGAAACUCAGAGCUAGCAAGAGUAAUGCAUCCACACCUGUGCUGGAGCUCGUCAGUUCCUCGAACCAUACAUACCUCACGUCACUGAAAGCGGAAAGCGAUAUACUGAACGCCUACAACUCGGAGAAGGGGUAUGCAUUCAGCGGGCAGUACGACACGUCAAAGCUCUUCGUGCAGUACGCUCAGGCCGGCCUCUGUGAGCUUGCCAAGCCAGUCUCCGCUUCAAAGCCGGACGUGUACAUAGUAACCGUGUGUCCUGGAUUCACCAAGUCAUCCUUGUCGAGGGAGAUUGAGAAGAAUUGGGCGCUGCGGCCAGUGCUGGCCAUCGCCUCACUGCUCCAGCGCUCGACCGAAGAGGGUGCGAGGACGUACAUUAGUGGCGUUGCCGAGGCGGAGAAGGCUCACGGCCGCUUUUGGAGGGAUGAUGAGGUUCAGCCACCGGCGGUUUUGCUGCGAGGCGAUAAAGGUCAAGAAUAUCAGCGCAAGGUUUGGGAUGAGAUCGUGGCGUCGUUAUCGAAGGAUGUCCCGGAGGUGCAGAAGCUGGUCACCCCGUCAUAUCACUAGACGAAACGCAGCAAGGACUGCAUGGAGAUCAGGUUGUACAUCCCUCAGCGCUAGUAGGUUAGCAAUACUUUGGACUGCCCGAGUUUGG